AUGGAUACUGAUAAAAAAGAAAAAUCAUUAAAAGAACAGAUAAAUGAAAUAAUUGGUAAUGAAACAAAUGAUAAUUCUCCUCAAAGACUAACUAUUCGUUAUCGUCCCCCAUCCUAUCAAACACCAAAACAUGAUGCUAAAGAUGAUGCCAUUUUUCUUGCAAUUGAACAAUUUCAACAAAGAGGCAUAUCAUAUGAAGGAGCAACUUGGUUAGGUUAUGAUUUUAUUAAAAAAUAUGAAGAAGAAUUAAAUUUAAAAGACAAUGUGAUUUUUAAUAAAGAUAUUUAUGAACCUUUAGAUAACUCAAUCUGGUAUCCUAGUGCCAUUAAAUGUACAAAAGAAUACUUAUCAAAAGUAAAUUGUGGAGAAUAUGAGUGUCCAGAAGAACCCUCAAACUGGAGUGGAUGGAAAUUUUCAUAUUGUGCUCAAAAAAAUAAAAGACAAAAAAUGGAAGAUAAAUUUGUUGCCUUACCAACUCUUAGCUUACUUGAUGAUAAUACUAAAACUUCUUUUUUUGGUGUUUUUGAUGGUCACAAUGGUUCUGAGAUAUCAUCAUAUUGUGCUGCUCAUUUUCCAAGAAUUGUUGUUAAUGAAAAAAAUGACAAUAAUGUUGAAAGAUUAAAAAAAGCAUUUGAAGUUAUAGAUGAAAGAAUUAAUAUUCGUUGUACAAAAGAAUCUAUUCGUAGUGGAAGUACAGCUAUAUGUACCCUAGUUACUGAAAAUGAUAUUUCUAUAGCUUGGGUAGGUGAUUCAGAAGGUGCUGUUAUAAGUAGUAAAGGAAUUAAAAGAAUAACUCGACUUCAUAUUCCUUCUGAUCCAGAUGAGUAUGCUAGAAUUGAAAAAUGUGGAGGAAUUAUUAUACCUAUUGCUGGAGAGCUUCGUGUCUGUGGAAUUUUAAAUUUAACGAGAGCUUUAGGUGAUAUUCAGGGAAAACCAAUGAUUUCAUCAGAACCAGAUACUAUUUCUUUAAAUAUAAAUGAUGACAAAACAAAUUAUAUGCUUAUGCUAGCUUCUGAUGGAGUAUGGGGAAGCUUAUCUGAUAAAAUGUUAAAUCAAAUAAUUCUUGAAUUUAUUUCAAUGAAACCAAUUUCUGAAUAUAAAAAAUUGUCAACUACUAUUGUAGAAGCUGCCAGAGAUGCAGGAACUACUGAUAAUCUCACAUGUAUCAUUGUUUUUCUUAAACCUCUUGACGAAUGUACUGAAAAAGAAAAUGCAAAUUUUGAUGAGAUUUCACUUGCUGUAUAUUGUUCAUUAGAUGUUAUUUGUGAAGACAAAGAUAGAACACCAAGUUCAUCAAGAACACAAGAAUUGUAUGUAGGAUUAUUAUUAGAAGAUAAUAAAAGAAAAUUUUAUGGAUUUUUAACAAAUACCAAUCAUAAAAUUAUAUUUGUUUUUGAUCAACCACAAGAACCAUCUUUAAUUUAUAAAGAUCAUGAUAUACGUGUUUUAUUUAGUAGAGUUCAUGCUGCAUUAUGUUCUGCUUUUAUGAAUCCUUUCUAUCAAAUUGGUGAACCUUUAAAUAGUAAAAUAUUAAAUAAAGUCACUAAUGAAAUUUUAUUAGCACAAUAA